AUGAAGUGGAUAGAAGCAGUAUUAUUUUUUCUUGUGGUCUGCGCAAACAGGAAAAACCAUUGUGCAGGGACGGAUACAGAAAUUCAUGCUGGCCCAGACAACAGAGGCACGGAAUUUAUGCUGAUGUUUAAUGAGAAUUUUAACCUCAAUCCUUCCAAUUUCGAAGACUUUGAAAUUGAAGUCUACGUCACCACUGCAGUGUCGGAUAUCGUCUAUUUCAAUGUCUCCACCCCGGGCUGGGACGAUCCCCAGGCUGUCAACAUCCAAAGUAACGUCACACGUGGACAAGUGCGCCAAUUAUACCUCCCCCACGCCCUCCGUCACAUCGGGACGAAAGUGUCCAACAAGGCGGUCCUGAUAACGUCCAGCUCCGAGAUCGUGGUCUACUCCAUCAACAAACAGGUCUACUCCAAUGACGGGUUCUUGGGAUUGCCCACCGAUGUCCUGGGGACAGAGUAUUAUACGGUGUCCUAUGCGCCCGCCUACAGGCACUGCCAGUUUGGCAUAGUAGCGAUAGAAGACGACACCAAUAUAACAAUUACAUUAGGACGGCAGCAGUAUCCCGAUGGACAGAUGACGGAGAUCACCUAUAACGGACAGGUGUUCUACAACGGUGACGAUAUAACUGUCACACUUAAUCGAUACGGAACGAUGCAAAUACAGGCAGCCAACGCGAAUGAUCUCACAGGCUCUCAUGUCGUCUCCGACAAACCGGUGGCGGUUUUCAGCGGCAACAAGAAGACGAAUGUGGGCAGUGGCAACACACAGGAUCAUCUCGUGGAGCAAAUGACCCCCGUGAACACAUGGGGGAAGACCUUUGCAACCGUGCCCAUUCCAGGAAGGGAUCAUUUUAAACCCGGAGACGUGUUUCGAUUCGUUGCCAGUGAAGACAAUACGACUAUCUCCAUCACUGGCAUACCGCAGGAGCCAGACGCUCAGCUCAAUUUAAGUCGAGCCGGAGACUUCGUGGAAAAGAUCAUCGGUGCCAGUUUCAGUAAUGUUUACACACUCAUAACGGCCGACAAACCCAUCAUGGUGGUCCAGAUCGUUCAGAGUCAACUCGGUUUUAAGGAGCCAUCCGAUCCUGCCAUGAUUCUCAUACCACCCAUAGAACAGUACGAAGCCGACUACGCUUUCACCACGCCCAAAUAUAGCCUGGGUUCCUAUGAGAAUUACCUCAUGGUCAUUGUCAGGGCCAAUGAAUCGGAUGGACUGCAGUUCAACCUGGAUCAUACUGAUGAUUAUAACAUCACUUGGUAUGACAUCCCGGGUACGGAAUACCGCGGGAGCCGAUUCCAGGUCGAUGAGGGGACCCACGUGUUAAGUCACGUGUCCAGCAUCAGUACGUUCGGGGUUUUCAUGUUUGGUAGCGCGGUGUGGGAGUCCUAUGGCUUUCCUGGAGGUAUGAGACUGGCUCCCAUCAACAAGGUGUGUACGAGAACAUUGAUGGUGCCCGGGGACGGUGUUGAUAACGACUGUGAUGGACAGAUAGACGAGGAAAUGUGCAGCAAUAAUAUUGACGAUGACUACGACGGACUGAUAGAAGAAGACUGCGCAUGCGUGCCGUCCACCAUGGUGGUUGACGAUGACAUAGACAAUGAUUGUGAUGGACAACACGACGAGGAAAUAUGUGGCAACGACAUUGAUGAUGAUGGUGAUGGAGUCCAUGAUGAAGAUUGUGAUAAUAUAUUUAUGACAUCAGCAAUACCGACUACCGAUUACCCUACAACCGCAGAACACUCAACAACCGAGGAACAACAGACGACCACAGAAGCACGAAAGACGACCGAACAACCUACAAACAUUAAACAAGAAAUAACUACAGAGCAACCAACAACCACGGAACAAGAAGCAACCACACUUCAAAAAACAACAAUUGAUAUACGUACAACCACUGAGCAAAAAAUGACUACGGAACAACAAACAACCACUGAACAACCAACAACUGCGGAACAAAGAACAACCACGGAACGGAGAGCGACGGCUAUAAAACAGACAACUACGGAAGAAACAACGACAACAGAACAACCAACAACCAAUGAGCAGCAAACGUCCACAAAACAACAAACUACCACGGAACUGCAAACAACCACGGAUCUACAAACAACUGCUGAUCAACAAACAACACUGGGGCAUCCAACAACAACCGAACAAGCAAUAACUACGGAAAGACAAACGACCACUGAUCAACAACCAACCACGAAACAAAGAACGACUGUGGCACAGCAAACGACCACUGAACAACAUUCGACAGCAGAACAAAAAACAACAACGAGACAACAAACGACCGUUGAACAACAAACAACAAUGGGACAACCAACAACUACUGAGAAAGCAAUGACUACAGAACAUCUAAUGUCCACUGAACAACAAAUUACCACUGAACAAAUGACGACCAUGAAACAACAAACAACCACAGAGCAACCAGAUCCUGUUCCAUCGACUACAACUGCUCCUAAAACAACAUCCCAGCAUCCAACCAGGACCAAACAUACCACAACAAUCAAAAGCACGUCCCCAAGCACUACCAGUACAAACAGCCCUCGGACAACAACAGCAGCAACAACACCCCCAAAAAACAUCCUCGACUUCUACAACAACCACAACAAAACCAACAACAUCAACUCUCAAGGUGACUACAUCAACGGCAACGACACCUACUCCUCCUGGUGUUGGGACAGCGGUUGGAUCACGUGGUCAAAUGUGCUUGGUGAACAGUGA